AUGGUGUUUGGUCGCAAACGGGCGGGAAGUCAUAGGUGGUGCAUUCUUGGAAAGGGUCUUUUUCCAUCGGUCCGUCUGCUGGACGUACCAGAUGAUGGGGAUUCAUUGACCCGCCUGGACCAUGAAAUCAUAGCCUUAGAAGGAGGGGAAGACCUGUGGAGGUUGGAGGAACUGGCUGUUACUCAUAGGCUCCCGCCGCCUGAUAAAUGCUGUGUGCCCUUCGCGCUGCAGUCUGCAGUCAAGCACAUCGUCCACUUGUCCAUCCUUUUGUGGUCGCUGGCUGCCAGCAUCAACAUCUUUGGUCCACGAAGCACGAAGCUCCUCGCCCUGCGGUUUGAAACUCUGCUUCAGGCACCGGUGGCUUAUCAACGCUCGAUUGCCCACUCCGGACAGCUCGCUCCCCCACCGUUCCCCAUCUCAUUUGCCACUGGGGAUAGAACCUACCCAGACUGCCCCCGGGAGUGUCUCAGCAACUCCAAUAGUUUCAAAAUGAAGCCAGCAACCGCUACAAAGUCCUCCAAUGGCCAUGGGAGCCUCUACAAGGAGGUUCGCUUCUCGCCUACUCCAACUCCUGUCCGUCGAACACAGUCAGUACCAGACACCCAUCUCGAAUCGAGACCAAACUAUUCUGGCGGCCCAGAUAUAGAAGCAGCCAGUUAUUCGGUUGUAAGUGCCGAUUACUUGAGACAAGUACGGUCGCUCCUCGAUCGCCAGCGUGCAAAUUUUGAGCAUGAGAGGAAGUUAUUCAACGAGGAACGACAUCUAUGGGAGAAUGAGCGUGCGCUAUUGAACCAGAGGAUCUCUGAACUAGAGUCGCUGCUGAAGGGUAGGGGAUCCACAGGGACCGCCGCUACUAGUACGGCCGCGCUCCCGACCGGCACUUUUCAAUCUUAUGCAUCGUCAUCUGCAUUUCGCAACCAAUUCAGCCACCCAUUUUCGGCAGAACACACUGAUUCUUCUCACUCGACAAGUACCCAAGUGUGGGAAGGCUCAAGCCCUGGAAGCAAACCCACAAGGGUAUUUCCCAACGCGGAGAAGACAGACCUCUCAGGUCUCCUAUUCCCGGAGCAAGGAGGCAAUCCUUCGGUCUCUGUGCCAUCCUUGGAUGCUGCGCUUUCGCCGAAGUCACAUGCGACUGACUUGACCUCGAGCGCAUGCGUUCCUGUCCCAAUUGAGAGGCUUGAUAGUAAACUUGACGGGAUCACGCUCAAGUCCUCAGCAUUGCCGCCAGAAAUUGUCGCUCGUGUAAUCACACCGCCGUCGCCACCAUCGCUCGAGGGCUCUCCAUCACUUUCCUCCAGACCCUCUGCUGAGCACCGCAACAGCCUCAAAUUGAAACUGUCUGAACUUGGCCCACCAGAGUUCAACCUGACCAGGAACGCCGGUCACACACCCAUGGCUAGGAUCGAUCGAGACAUCGACACGGAGCAGCCGUCACCCCAGGAGGCCGCAAACGAGGAGGAGCCCCUCGCUUCGGAAGCGCCUCGGCAACCUGCAGAAAAUUCCGACUCGUACUUUGGGGAUUUGGCGGAUGACCCUGCCCUGAAGGGGCCACUCACCUUGCUGAACGAGGAAGAGCACGAUAGUGAGUUUCUGAAGGAGCUUGAUCAAAAGCUUCUGGACCAGGUCAAGCAGGCCCUUGGCUAUCCCCGAAGCACUGAUCAGAAACAGGCUGAAGUCGAGCCCCCGAGUCAGGGUGAAGAGCCAGAAUUAAGGUUCAAGAAUACGACGAACUUUGGCACGGCUUUUGGGAAUUCGGACUGUGGGAAGGUUAUUUGGUACAUCUGGCCGAACAAUGGCUCUGCUCUCCUUGCGUCCGCCCCCGACCUGGGAGGUUGCCCUUCGGAAGGGCCGUCUCCUGGAGAGUGGCUAGGUCCUCCUCGCCAUGAGGUCACCGUGACUAUCGGAGUCGUUGUCUCGUGGGCCUUGCAUGGCCCUGUGGCUGGCCCUAUGCUGAGGGAUAGUGUCCUAGAAAGGGUCUCAGAGCCCUUGCCACAAUUCCGUGCCGACAUUCUUUUCAUCAGAGCACUCAUUCGCUGCAGAUCACAGCUGUUCAUUCUUUCCCAGCUCAUUCCACUCCUGCCAAUCUCUAAAUCGGUUAUUCGCUCCUUCAACUCGGAUAGUUUCCUUCUUUUGAUAAUUACAUCACAUUCUUUCCCUUCUACAAUGUACAACCUCGUGGGCUUUCCGGCACUGCUAUGCCUCGUGCUGGCUGUGGCUCCCGUUCUGUCUGCACCUGUCGCUGCGGGAGAUGGAGCCAUUGUGCGAAGACAGAGCCACCAUCUCAAUACCAACACUCAGUCCGGCUCUAACAUGGGCUUCUCGAUCCCUGAUGGUCCAUCCUUCAACUCUGGCCAGUAUGCCUCCAACAGAUUUCGUGAAGACCGUGGGGGCGACGAUGAUGAUGAGGGCUCAAGCGAGUCCAGCAACACCAACGCAGGCAAUGGGAUGAAUAUCGGCAUCCCGGGUGGUCCCAGCAUCAACAUGGGCAACUACUUCAGUAACAACUAUGAGGAGACUGAAGAGUCGCGACCAAACCCUUCAACUACUUCCACUACGACUAUCCCAGAGUCCACAACGACCCCUCCACCUCCGCCAGUUAACCCUCCGCCAGUCAACCCUCCGAUCGAGACUUCUGUUCCUGCUCCUCCUGCCCCUCCCGCUACAUCUACAACUAUAACUGACUCUACCCAACCCCCUCCUGCUCCCCCUACAACUACUCCUCCUCCUGCUCCUCCAACCACCACUCCACCAGCUGCUCCCCCUACCACCGCUCCCCCUACCACUGCUCCCCCUGCUCCCCCUGCUCCGUCUACCCCCUCCGAACCGGCUCCUCCUGCUGAGACCGAGGAACCUGAAGAGCCAGUCGUGCAAGAAUGCCCAGCACCGGAGCCAGAGCCACAGCCUGAGCCCGAGCAGUCUCCUGAGCCUUCUUCUGAUCAUGGACCUUCCCCUGAACCGGAGUCAUCUCCUGCCCCCGAGCCUACCCCUGUACCUCAGCCUAACCCUACACCGAGCCCUCAACCGGAGCCCCAGCCCCAGCCCCAACCUGACGACGAGUCUGCAUCCGAGCCCAGGAUCGCACCCACUCCUUCUCCAGCUGCUCCAGCAUUGCCUGCAUACACCUGCCAAUGCCCUGCAUGA